AUGGCAAGCGCGACGCGGGGGUCUGGGCAUUGGCCCCUGCUCGGGCUCCUGCUCCGGCUCGCGGCGCUGCUCGGGACUCUCGGGCCACAGGUCCAGACCCUCAGGCUGGAGAGCCUCCUGCUGGUGUCCACCUUGGAUGGCAGUCUCCAUGCACUGGACAAGCAGACAGGGGACUUGAAGUGGACACUGAAGGAUGAUCCCAUCAUCCAAGGACCAAUGUAUGUCACAGAAAUGGCCUUUCUCUCAGACCCAGCUGAUGGCAGUCUGUACGUCUUGGGGACCCAAAAACAACAGGGAUUAAUGAAACUUCCAUUCACCAUCCCUGAGCUGGUUCAUGCCUCUCCCUGUCGCAGUUCUGAUGGGGUCUUCUACACAGGCCGGAAGCAGGAUGCCUGGUUUGUGGUGGACCCUGAGUCGGGGGAAACCCAGACAACACUGACCACAGACGGUCCCUCUAUUCCCCGCCUCUACAUUGGCCGAACACAGUACACAGUCACCAUGCAUGACCCGAGAGCCCCAGCUCUGCGCUGGAACACCACCUACCGCCGCUACACGGCACUCCCCACGGAUGGCUCACCUGGGAAAUACAUGAGCCACCUGACAUCUUGUGGGAUGGGCCUGCUUCUCACUGUGGACCCACGAAGUGGGAUGGUGCUGUGGACACAGGACCUGGGUGUCCCCGUGAUGGGCGUCUAUGCCUGGCAGCAGGAUGGCCUGCGCCAGCUGCCCCACUUCACACUGGCUCGGGACACGCUGCACUUCCUCGCCCUCCGCUGGGGCCACAUCCGACUACCUGCCUCGGGCCCCCAGGACACAGCCUCCCACUUCUCUGCCUUGGACACCCAGCUGCUGAUGACGCUGUAUGUGGGCAAGGAUGAAGCUGGCUUCUAUGUCUCUAAAGCACUGGUCCAUGCAGGAGUGGCCCUGGUGCCUCGUGGACUGAGCCUGGCCCCCAAAGAUGGCCCCACCACAGAGGAGGUGACGCUCCAAGUCUCAGGGGAGCGAAAGGGCUCCCCCAGCACUGCUGUCAGAUACCCCUCCGGCAGCGUGGCCCUCCCUAGCCAGUGGCUGCUCAUUGGACACCAUGAGCUACCCCCAGUCCUGCACACCACCAUGCUGAGGGUCCAUCCCACCCCAGGGAGUGGGACUGCUGAGACAAGACCCCCAGAGAACACCCACACCCCAUCCCUCUUCUUGGAGCUCCUGAGCCUGAGCCGGGAGAAACCUUGGGACCUGGAGCUGCAUCCUGAAGAGAAAAGCCCAGACUCUUUUGCAGGGCUGGGCCCCCAAGACCUGCUGGCAGCUAGCCUCACUGCUGUCCUCCUGGGAGGGUGGAUUCUCUUCCUGAUGAGGCAGCAGCAGCAUCUGGUGGAGAAGCAGCCACAGACCCCCCUGGCAGCUGCAGGCCCUCCGCACAUCUCACAGGAUGCUCAGUCCCAGCCUUUGGGGACCACCGCACAGGGCCAGAAGAGGCUCCAAAGCCCCUCAGAGCAAGACCAGCCAGUAGAUGACCCUGAAGCUGAGCAGCUCACUGUAGUGGGGAAGAUUUCCUUCAAUCCCAAGGAUGUGCUGGGCCGUGGGGCCAGUGGGACUUUUGUUUUUCGUGGACAGUUUGAGGGGCGGGCUGUGGCUGUCAAGCGGCUCCUGUGUGAAUGCUUCAGCCUGGUUCGGCGGGAGGUCCAGCUGCUGCAAGAGUCUGACAGGCACCCCAAUGUGCUCCGCUACUUCUGCACCGAGCGGGGACCCCAGUUCCACUACAUUGCCCUGGAGCUCUGCCAGGCCUCACUGCAGGAGUACAUGGAAAACCCCGACCUGGAGCACUGGGGUCUGGAGCCUGAGAUGGUGCUACAGCAGCUGAUGUCUGGCCUGGCCCACCUGCAUUCCUUACACAUAGUGCACCGGGACCUGAAGCCGGGCAACAUUCUCAUCACUGGGCCUGACAGCCAGGGCCAAGGCAGGGUGGUCCUCUCAGACUUCGGCCUGUGCAAGAAGCUCUCUGCUGGCCGCCAUAGCUUCAGUCUCCGCUCAGGCAUCCCUGGCACGGAAGGCUGGAUGGCCCCCGAGCUCCUACGGCUCCUGCCCCCAGACAGCCCUACCAGCGCAGUGGACAUCUUCUCUGCAGGCUGCGUGUUCUACUACGUGCUUUCUGGAGGCAGCCACCCCUUCGGAGAGAGUCUGUAUCGCCAGGCAAACAUCCUCAUGGGGGCUCCCUGUCUGGCUCACCUGGAGGAAGAGGCCCACGACAAGCUCCUUGCCCGGGACCUGGUGGAAGCCAUGCUGAGCCCGCUGCCGCAGGCGCGCCCCUCUGCUCACCAGGUGCUGGUCCACCCCUUCUUUUGGAGCAGAGCCAAACAGCUCCAGUUCUUCCAGGAUGUCAGUGACUGGCUAGAGAAGGAGUCUGAGCAGGGGCCCCUGGUGACGGCACUGGAGGCAGGAGGCCACAUGGUGGUCCGGGACAACUGGCACAGACACAUCUCCGUACCACUGCAGACAGAUCUGAGAAGGUUCCGGUCAUAUAAGGGGACAUCCGUGAGAGACCUGCUCCGUGCUAUGAGGAACAAGAAGCACCACUACAGAGAGCUCCCGACCAACGUGCAGCAGACGCUGGGUCAGGUCCCUGACAGCUUCAUCCAGUACUUCACAGACCGCUUCCCACGGCUGCUCCUCCACACGCACAAGGCCAUGAGGAGCUGCUCCUCUGAAAGCCUCUUCCUCCCCUACUACCCAACAGCCUCAGAGGCCAGGGAGCCAUGCGCAGGGGCCGCAGGGAGCUGA